AUGAAGCUUACCUUCGUCGCGAACCUAGGCGUCGUCUUCACAAACCCGAGCCCUGCGGAUAUUGAUGAAUACGUCAGGCUACGGUACGAGAGCAUGAUGACCCAGACACCCCGCGCGGAUAAGGAGACACACCUCACGGCCGCGCUCUAUGUCAAGAACAAGGGCGUCUUCCUCUGCUCCGUGCCGGAUGGCCCAGCAUCGGGAAGAUCAGGGAAAAUCAAGGAAGGCGGCGCCAAUUGCCACGCCGGCUUGGUGGGCGCAAGUGCAAAAUCGUACACCAGUCGUCUAUAUUCACGCCGAUGA